AUGCUGCGGCACUAUCAUCCGGAGCUACCCAACGACCCGAGGACGCUACUGCAGACGCCUCGAACUUGCGUUAGCAAGUCCCUGAAGAGAGGAAAAUACGUUAACCUGGGUCUCGAACGCGGCCUACUCGACGAAUUGCGCCUUUGCCCACUAACGGGCAUUCCUGAAGUGCACGUUCAACUGCACAUUGACGGAAUGAAAGUCUUUAAAGCGUCUGCUCAGUGCUUGUGGCCGAUCCUAGCUCGUGUUAACCAUCCCGUUGUUGGGCAGCCCUUUGUCGUUGGAGUGUUCUGCGGUUUUGGUAAGCCCGAACCGUUGGAAGACUUUCUGGGCGAUUGUGUUAGUGAACUGAAAGGCCUUCUCAACACGGGCCUGCGCGAUCCACGUACAGAAAGUGUCAUCAAAGUGGAUUUGCUCAAUGUGAUUUACGACACCCCAGCCCGCUGUUAUGUACGACAGGUGAAGGCCCACAAUGGCUACUAUGGAUGCGACAGGUAAGCUAUUUUGUAUUUGCAAUCGUAACUGCUGUAGAUGCUGUCACAAAGGCAAACAUAUUGCGAAUCGCAUGACAUUCCCGCAGUACAGUGGCCGUCUGCGUGAUGACAGGUCGUUUAGGUUGCGAAGUCAGAGACCGCAUCAUAAGGGCAGAUCUCCCUUCGAUGAUUUGCCCAUCGACAUGGUUUCCUGUUUCCCAAUUGACUACAUGCACCAAGUCUGCCUCGGUUUUAUGCGAAAAUUGUUGCAUACGUGGGGACAUGGUUUUGGGUGCCCACUCUGUGUCAUUAAACGCAUCUAUUAAGCUAUGCUGCCACUGUUUACCGACAGUUUUCACGCAAGUGUAGAACUCUUGACUUCCUGGAGUUUUGGAAGGCUGUCGAAUAUCGGCAAUUCUUCUUGUACAUAGGCCCCGUUGAUUUGUCCCCAUAUUUAGACGGACGACGUUAUAAUCAUUUUUUACAGUUUUCCGUGGCAGUGUACAUAUUUUGUCUCCCAAACCUGCAUAUAUCUUGUGGUGAUUAUGGCCGCCAACUUUUGUGUAAUUUUGUCUAUAAUUUUUCCACAUUUUAUAAACCAGCUGAUCUUGUUUACAAUGUCCAUUCUCUACUCCACUUGCACGCUGGCGUCGUUCGGUUUGGGGUGAAGAAUAAUUUUUCAGCAUUUCCAUUUGAGUCUUUUUUACGACACGUUCGUGGUAGCAUAAAAGGGCCCACUAACAUAGCCGCACAAGUGUACAGGCGUUUUUCGAAAAGAGGCUUGUCUGAACAGUCUUCACGCCCCAUGCUGCUGGAUGACGAUGAGGGAGUGCAACGGCCCUUUAAACUGCCCCGUCAAUCAACAGCUAUCCUGCACAAGGGAUAUGUCCUUUCCACUGAGCCACCCGACAAUGUCGUACUCAUCGGACAUAGACCCUGUGCACUGACAUCACUGUCGGGUAAAAGCAUAGUUUACUGCCCUUUCCGCGACUGUCAGGAUCUUUUUGUAACGUCCCUUCAUUCUUCUUCCAUAUGCAUUUUAAAGCCACCGUUUUAUCAGACACUCCGAUAACUGGCUUACUCUCCGACAUUAUUUGCAAGUACGUGUCCUUUAAAAACAACAACCAGUAUUACCUUAUCGCCCUCCUUCACACAACUACAUUCCCGCGAUUUAUAUUCAACUGUCUGCUUUUUUACAGAUGUAUUUCUGCAUUUUACGACUUACGAUGCAACAUUUGCUACAGAUGUAUUCCGUGGUGGAAUUUUUCAACGACAAAUCUGUGGCGGAAGUGGCUAAAGCCUGGUUCUACAACGCGGGCAGCGUACUAUGGCCUAAAAGGCACAGGCAGCGCAGCAUUUUGCUGGAGAACAACCAACGGCCACCGGAUGGUACUAAGGCGUACGCCGUCAAGGUACUAAGAAGUGGCCGAACGCUGCAAAAAGUCUGACAGGCGGCGCGGAGAGCAGAGAAUACUGACAAUCUCUCCAGUUCCGAUCCGCGCCAGUUGGGUAGGGGCAAGAGGAUCAGGUGUGCUACCAUGUUAUGUACCGCUAAUUUUCCUUUGCAGACAUAUUUGCAAACUAACCUCAGACUCCGACGACGAGGACUCGCCAAACCAACCGAAAGAGCCAACUGGUUGGCCAGCUCCAUCGCCAAUACUACAGUAAGUAUGACUAUUGCAGACAUUUCGUAGGCCAAGAACGGAUGAGAAUGUGCCACACUUGUUUUCCACUGCGUCGAUUGGACCCAGUCAGUCAACACCACUGCCCUCACUUGAGUAGACAACGCUUAUCAUUUAUUACUUUAGACACUCCACGACAAUUUCGUCAUAUGUUUCCACGGCCACAAUUUCGACGGAAUUUAGCCAGCAGGUGCAAAAGGACAUGGCUGACAUAAAAGGUCAGAUAGUAAACACAAAUGUCCGGCUAGCGGCACUUGAGUAAGACUGUGGACAAUCUCCCUAACAAACUAGUACGAAAAGGAACGAUUUCCUAGCUGAGCAACUUAUGGCUCUUCAUAGCAGUGCGCAGCAGAUGAAGGGAACACUAUCAGAGGUUGUCAAUGCAUUGCAGAGAGCCUCCAGCGCCGCUCCUGUCACAUCCUCCUCCCUAAAUUUACCGCUGUGUACCGAGGAGGCAUAUGAAAACUUUCUUCGUCAGCUCAGCGUAGACGACGGUUUUGCAAACGAGGCGGUAUGUGCACAUCUACUUCACUGUUUUCAGAUCCGACAACUGGCCAUGGUAGGUGGUCGAAAUGGGGCAGACUUCCUCAGAAACCUACUGACGGCUCUAUUGGGUCCACCCUUAUGCCACAACUUCUGUUGGGCGGGCGGAUCCAAGGAGAAGAAGUCCUUCAUGGCCUGUCCACUUUUUCCUGUCCUUAAAGGUAAGUCCAAUUCUUGUUUAUUUUCACGCGCAGAUGCCAUUGCCCAACAUCCCCGUUUUGGCAACUGCACUAUAGAGAUAUCUCGACAGACAGCAAUCAGGUAGUUUCAUGGAUCACAGGACCGGUACGGAGGAAGAUCGACACGUCGGCGGAACAUUCGUCAGGUACACACUUUCGGGAUUUUCAUCCACCUUUAUUUAGACUACAGAAAUCACCAUACCUGCCGCCACGUGCCCAUAAUUAUCCCCCGCCAAAGAACCGGUAACCAAAUUUAUCUAACUGCCAAUCCUACACAGCAUGCUAUUUACUUCAUGUGAUUUUUACUACUAAAAUCGUACGUAUUGGAUACAGCGUAUCAUUACUUCCGUUGCGCCUGCAUUACGUAUGUCUUACGAAAGUUUUUAUUAUGCAGGAAUUACCAAUGGCCAGUGAAAGUGACUUCUCAUCCUGGAUACGAAGGUCGCUGAAAUCCCCAUAAUCCAACACACUCCACGGCAAUUUCUUCAUCCGUUUAAACGGCCACAAUUUCGACAGCUGAUAGUGUUGCCUGCAUCUGCUGCGCACUGCUAUGAAGAGCCAUAAGUUGCUCAGCUAGGAAAUCGUUCCUUUUCCUACUAGUUUGUUAGGGAGAUUGUUCACAGUCUUACUCAAGUGCCGCUAGCCGGACAUUUGUGCUUACUAACUGACCUGAUAUGUCAGCCAUGUUCUUUUGCACCUGCUGGCUAAAUUCCGUCGAAAUUGUGGCCGUGGGAACAUAUGACGAAAUUGUCGUGGAGUGUCUAAAGUACUAAAUGAUAAGCGUUGUCUACUCAAGUGAGGACAGUGGUGUUGACUGACUGGGUCCAAUCGACGCAGUGGAAAACAAGUGUGGCAAAUUCUCAUCCGUUCUUGGCCUACGAAAUGUCUACAAUAGUCAUACUGUAGUAUUGGCGGUGGAGCUGGCCAACCAGUUGGCUCUUUCGGUUGGCUUGGCGAGUCCUCGUCGUCGGAGUCUGAGGUUAGUUUGCGAAUAUGUCUGCAAAGGAAAAUAAGCGGUACAUAACAUGGUAGCACACCUGAUCCUCUUGCCCCUACCCAACUGACGGGGCUCGGAACUGGAGAGAUUGUCAGUAUUCUCUGCUCUCCGCGCCGCCUGUCAGGCUUUUUGCAGCGUUAGGCCACUGCUUAGUAUCUUGACGGCGUACGCCUUAGUACCAUCCGGUGGCCGCUGGUUGUUCUCCAGCAAAAUGCUGCGCUGCCUGUGCUUUUUAGGCCAUAGUACGCUGCCCGCGUUGUAGAACCAGGCUUCAGCCACUACCGCCACAGAUUUGUCGUUGAAAAAUUCCAUCAUGGAAUACUGCUUCACCAAAGUCUUCGGCACGUUUAUAAGGCCCCAUCUCGAAUAUGCUAUUCAGGCCUGGAGACCGUGCUCGAAGUGCAGAGACGAGCAACAAAAUUACUAAGAGGUCAAAGUGCACUGCCAUAAGAGAUCCGCUUAACUAACCUUAAUCUCUAUCCUCUGAACUAUAGGCAGUUGCGCGGAGACAUGAUACAAACUUUCCGUAUCGUGUGCGGCUUGGAUUGUGCCCUUCGGCGCGAUGACUUUUUCCGACUCGCCACUACAACUCACCUCCGGGAACAUCCCUUCAAGCUACGUGUGCCACAGGAUAGACUGAAUGUGAGAAAAUAUUUCGGCGAAAGCCAAACAGGCAGCCACAAUGAGAAUUCCUCUCUAGGUGGGUCGGGUACAACGGGAUGGCGGUUUUGAGGGGAAGAACGGGCGGGGUAAACGGCAAAGGGCACUGGAUUGGCAGUUGGAUGCCGAAAAAUGUUGGAAAUCGCAGAAAAAUAAUUAUUUGUUUUAAUGAAGUCAAAAAUAGGGGAGGAUGGCGCGCAAAUAGGGAAAACCGUAGACAAUGCUCAAUCGAAGGUGGGCUGGCCGGGGACGUGAUGUGAUUGGCCGCCGGGGCGAGUAAACCUGAACCGCCAAGCGGCUAACCAAUGGGAUCAUUGGCGCCGCACUUGAAAGUGGUGUGCGUUAGAUGGACACGAAGCAUACGAUGCGCAAGGGGGACGCGGGCGGACAGCGGUGUACUGCGGUUGGGAAAGAGUAUUUGAAUAAAGUGCUUAUGACGAUUGCGUCACUUCCCAGCCCCUUACUAACCCCCUCCCUAUUUGGUAUAUCGGUGAUCUCCACCGCAUGCACCGUUUAAUAUGCAUAACGCGAAAGAUGGUUUGGAUACCUGGACGUACUCCAACGCCACCGCACCAGCCUACAAGCUAGCGAACUCCCGAAGGUGGCGGCCGCUGUGUGUAUGCUCGAUGUUUUAUGAGAUUUAUAAGUAUCCAUAGUGGGAGCAGUUUAUAGAACUACGUAACCCUUCUAUGGUUAAAUUUAACCACAGAGCGUACUGCCGGGUAGGUUUAAGUUGUGUGAGAAAAAUGCAGAGACAGUUACGGUAUGUCCGAGUAGUUAGCGCGGACCGCAUGAUGGUCUAAUAUCUGUAAGCAACCCGUAAUUCAACUCAACCUCAUUCUUAGGUGUACUAUGAUAUAUGUAGGCAAACAUAAGGGAAAAAGAGGGGUAGGAGAUAUGUAUAAGUUGACAGCAGCAGUAUCGUAAACUCCUACUGUUUUAUACCUAGGUCGUCACCGAAUGCAGGCGGACGUAGGCGCGGUCCUCAGCUGAUUACACCGACCGCCGAGGAUGAAAUACAAGCUGUCCUUCAGUCAGCAGGUGUCGUUCAGUACCUGCAGCGGUGGAGGUUGCUGGCCACCACCCUAGCCUGCCGAUGUCGGCUCACUGUGCAGAUGCAAGUGUUGCGGCAGCAUACGGACGGUUAUGCAUUCCGUUGUGGACACUGCAGACGGAAGAGGUGCCUGCGGACGGGGUCAAUGUUCGUUGGUAGUAAGCUCAGCCUGCAGACACUGAUGCGUAUAUGCUACAAGUUUGUCGAAGGUGUGCGUGCCAAGCGGUGUGCGGCAAGUGUAGGUGUCAGUAGAAAUACGGCCAUGGAAUGGUACGGCAUUUGCCGGGGGGCCUGCUUACACGCACUUCUAUCCGCCGUAACCCAAAUUGGGGGACCAGGCGUGGAAGUGCAAAUAGACGAGACGCUCAUAAGUCGCCGCAAGUAUAACAGAGGACGGCCGCGGCGGCAGUUGUGGGUCGUAGGUAUGUACGAUACACGCAGGCGGAAAGCCCUGUUUGAGCAGAUUAACAACCGCAGCUGGGAGGCCCUAAGGCCCGUCAUAAGGAAGUGGGUGGCUGCUGGUAGUGUUAUUGUAACCCAUGAGUGGAAGGGUUACACCCGCCUACCGUCGAAAGGUUAUACGCACUACACUGGCAACCACCGUAGGGGCUUCGUGAAUCUCACAACAGGACGGCAUACGAACGCCAUUGAAGCCUACUGGAGCAGGUUAAAGAGGAAGCUGCAGGAGUCUGGACCUGUCUGUGGCAGAGCAGUGUGGGCCCACCUAGAUGAGGUUCAGUACCGCUUAUGGUUCGACCUAAGGACUGACAACAUGGCAGACUCCUGGGAAACUUUCCUACGACAUUGGGCAGCAGCGUAUCCAAUAGAAGAGAGCCAACGAACGGUGACUGGGUAAGCUAACCAACCGAGGCGCAUAGGGAAGACGUGAAGGCAAGUCUCUGUACUUCCUCCAUUUACUCUCCAUGCCUACCUACAAUGAAUGCAGCGGUUACCUACUGACGAUGGGAAAGCUGGCGAUUGAGGAGAGCCUGCAAACGGCGAUUGGGUAAGCUAAUCAACGAAGCCACCGACGGAAGACAUGCAGGUAAGUCGCCGUACUUCCUCCAUUAAGUCACAAUGCUUGCAUACGGUGAAUGUGGCCGUUUAACGGAUGGCGAUGGGAGAGAUGGUGAUGAAGGAGAGCCAACCAACGACGAUUAGAUAAGCUAACCAACGGAGCCGCAGACGGCAGACGUUAAGGUAAGUCUCCGUAACUCCUCCAUUAAGUCUUAAUGCCUGCAUACGGUGAAUAUGGCCGUUUAAUGGAUGGUGGUGGAAGUGCUGACGAUUGAGGAAAGCCAACAAACGGCGAUUAGAUAAGCUGGCCUACGGAAGCACAGACGGAAGACGUGAAGGUUAGUCUAUGGGCUUCGUCCAUUAACUCUCCAUGGCUAACUACAGUGAAUGUGGCCGUUAUCUGCUGGCGAUUAAGGAGAGGCAACCAACGCCAAAUAGAUAAUCUAACCAACGAAGGCGCAGAAGGAAGUCGUGAAGGUAAGUCUCCCUACCUCCUCCAUGUAGUCUCCUUGCUAUCUACAGUCCAUGCGGCCGCAGGUAACGACCGCAUUCAAUUGUAUACGCCUCUGCCCAAUGUCGUAGGAAAGUUUACCAGGAGACUGCCAUAUUGUAGCCGCUUAGGUCGAACUAGAGGCGGUACUGAACCUCAUCUCGGUGAACCCAACACUGUUGUGCCGCAGACAAGGCCAGACUCGUACAGGUUCCUCUUUAAUCUUCUGCAGUAGGCCGCUGUGGCGUUCGUAUACAGACCCAUUGUGGGAUUCUCGACAGUCCUACUGUGGUUGACAGUGUAUUAUGUAUAACCUUCCGACGGUAUGUAGGUGUAACCCUUACGCUCAUCGGGUACGAUAAUACUACCGACAGCCACCCACUUUGUUAUGACGGGUCUUAGGACCUCCCAGCUGAGGUUUUUAAUCGACUCAAAUAGGGCUUUUCGCUGCGUGUAUCGUACAUACCGACGACCCACAACUGGCACCGCGGUCGUUCCCCGUUGUACUUGCGUUGACUGCUGAGCGUCUCGUCUAUCUGCACUUCCACUCCAUGGCAGUAUUUGUACUGACACGUACACUUGCUGCACAGCGCUUGCCGCGCACACUGUCGACGAACUUGUAACAUAUGCGUAGCAGUGGUUGUAGACUGAGCUUGCUGCCAACGAACAAUGACUGCGUCAACAUGCAUCGCCUCCGCCUGCAGUGUCCACAACGGAAUGCAUAACCGUCCGUAUGUGCGGCAACAGUUGCAUCUGCACAGUACGCUGACAUCGGCAUGCUACGGUGGUGACCAGCAACGUCGACCGCUGCAGAUACUGAACGACGCCUGCUGACUGAAGGAGAGCUUGUAUUUCAUCCGCGGCGGCCAGUAUAACCCGCUGAGGACGGCACCUACGUCCACCAGCAGUCGGUGAGGAUCUAGAUGGAGAACUGUGGAAGUUUACAAUACAGCGGGUGUCAACUUCUACAUAUCCCCCACCAUCCGACGAAUUCGCAGAUGGAUAUCGUGAAGGUAAGCAUAUGUACGUACUGCAUUUGCUCUCUAUGCCUAGCGGCAGUCAUUGUGACUAUUACCUGCUGUCGAUGGUUGAGGUGGUGAGCGAGAAGACCCAACCUAACGGCGAUUGGGCAAGAUAACGAACGAAGGCACCGACGGAAGACGUGAAGGUAAGCAUCGUUACUUCCUCCAUUUGCACUCCUAGCCUACCGACAGUGAAUGUUGCUGUUACCGGCCGGUUAAAGAGGGGCAUGGCGAUUGAGGAGGGCCAACCAUCGACGAAUGGAGAUGCUAACCAACGAUGACGCAGACGGAAGACUGGAAGGCAUGACUCUGUACUUCGUCCACUUACUCUCCAUGCAUACCUACAGUGCCUGUAGCCGUUACUGGCCGGUCAUAGAGGGAGUUGUCGAUUGAGGAGAGCCAACCGUCGACGAUUGAAGAAGCUAACCAACGAGGCGCAGACGGAAGACUGGAAGGUAUGACUCUGUACUUCAUCCACUUACUCUCCAUGCCUACCUACAGUGCCUGUUGCCGUUACUGGCCGGUCAAAGAGGGAGAUGUCGAUUAAGGAGAGCCAACCAUCGACGAUUGGAGAAGUCAACCAACGAAGGCGCGGACGGAUCACUGGAAGGUAUGACUGAGUACUUCGUCCACUUACUCUCCAUGCCUACCUACAGUGCCGGUGACCGUUACAGGCCGGUCAAAGAGGGAGCUGUCGAUGGAGGAGAGCCAACCAUGGACGAUUGAUGAAGGCAACCAACGGAGGCCCAGAUGGAAGACGUAAAAGGAAGACUCCAUACCUCGUUUAUUUACUGUCCAUGCCUACCUACAGUAAUGGUGCCAUUGUCUGCUGGCGAUGAGGGAUUCCCUACGGAAGAUGCAUGCUCAGGUUGACAGGGGGUACCGCAUGGUAUUGGAAGCGUGUAAUCGCGUACCCUUUUUAUUGUACACCUGACUGUUGAAUGUUACUGUUGUGGCAAACCGGCUGCCCAAGGCAGUCGGGGACGAUUUCCCCUACCUCGCUGUAUGUCCAGUUUAUUGUUCCUUUUCCUAAUUCGGAGUAAAUAUUGCAUUUGUCUAUGGCGUUGUUCGUGAUUACGGUACUGCUAAGCCUCCGAAAUGAGGGAAGGUGUGAUACGCAGUUGAGUAAAUAUCAUCCACAGGGCUGCGUUAGCUGAUAGGUGCCUAUGGAUCACUAAUGGGGGAAUUGAACGGACGUUGUCUGUGGGAUGGACGGCUAUCUCUAGCAGUGGUAACGUAGCCAUCAUUCCACGGUAUGGAUUGCGACUGAUCGACCAACCUUGGGGGCUUGGUACGUGAACAUAUUUACCUACGUAGAAUAAUGCAAUGACGUCCACUAAGCCUCGUCGAUAAACCCUUGUAGGUCAGGAAGGGAGUGAUUACGGAAGACCUUUAGAGCAGGAACUGGGAGGUACGUAGAGACUGUCUUAGGCCGCUGCCGGCCAUGGUAGACGGUAAGUAGGAAUCGCUGUAGCUGGUAACGGACGACAUGAACCACCAGCGGGGAAGGGCAUAUCAGGUCAACUAACAAAGCCGGUUGGGAGGGACAGUAGACUGUGAAGCAGGCGGAAAUGAAAACAGCCGAUGGAGGAAUUGUCGAUUGCGGGAAGCUUGCGUAAAGGGGAGCGGGACUGCGGGGAUUGAUAUUGGGACGGCGUAGAUUACAGGCCUUUGGAAGGGGGGAGGGGGAAAGGCAUGGGCUAGGCGGUGAGGGAGCAGUAGGGGUGUAUGUAAAUACCGCAGUGGUCUAAGAGCCUGAUGCCUUUGGUAGCAGCUACCCCAAAGUGACAGUCGUAUGUUUAGACGGCGUAGGCUGUAAGCCUUAUGUUUGGGGGGGAUGGGUGUUGCAGAAUAUGCGGAAGGAAGGCCUGUAGGGUCAUGUAUACGCCCGGAAGUGGAUGCCGGGCUGGAAACGUUAGUAAACAGCUGACGUAAGUGGUAGUCUGACUGACGAAAUGGGAAUGCUGGCAACUCAGUUAGGUGGACUCCGGAAUUCGUGGGAGGGGAGGUAAGUGGAUCAUGACCGGAAACCGAGAGAUGAUGACGGGAAACACUACGUAAACCACGAAACCGGCAAACGCGCAGUUAACAGCGCAACUGUUGCGCAUGGGAACUGCGCAGACGUGGUCUAGGAAAGGAGAAGUUUGUGUGCGUAAAGGCAUAAAAGUGGCAUUGUAUAUUGGACAUAAAUGUUAGGCAACAGGGGAUGGGAACUCCACGUAAACCCUACCGAGUCGGGUUGCUAGGUGUGUUUUUGCAGCAACGGCAAAAAAAUACCACAAGCACACCUACUGAACACACAAUAGUACGUAAGGUAGCCUUGAUGCAAGACCUGCGGCCGCUUAUUUGGCACCGGUCAAUAUUUCUUCUCCAACCGUGUCAUGGAACCGUGGAAUAACCUGCCCGAGAUGGUUGUUAUGUCUCAAUCUGUUGAGACAUUUAAAUGUCGCUUUGACAGAUAUAUGCUGCAGCAACAAGCGGACUAUGUGACUUUUUAGCCAUGUGACUAGUGACAUAUGUGAAUCAAUGUAUGCAUUCACUUAAUGCUGUAAUUUCUUCACAUUUUUGCUUGUUUAUCGAUUUUUUUAUGUACAAAUAGGGAGUUCAAAGACGUAAGCCUAUUUCCCUCAAAUGCACUGAUUGACUGACAUCUGUAACAAAUGUUGCAUCGUAAGUCGUACAAUGCAGAAAUACAUCUGUAAAAAAGCCGACAGUGGAAUAUAUAUCGCGGGAAUGUAGUUGUGUGAAGGAGGGGGAUAAGGUAAUACUGGUUGUUGUUUUUAAAGGACACGUACUUGCAAAUAGUGUCGAAGAGUAAGCCAGUAAUCGGAGUGUCUGAUAAAACGGUGGCUUUAAAAUGCAUAUGGGAGAAGAAUGAAGGAACGUUACAAAAAGAUCCUGACAGUCGCGGAAAGGGCAGUAAACUAUGCUGUUAGCCGACAGUGAUGUCAGUGCACAGGUUCUGUGUCCGAUGAGUACGACAUUGUCGGGUGGCUCAGUGGAAAGGACAUAUCCCUUGUGAAAGAUAGCUGUUGAUUGACGGGACAGUUUAAAGGGCCGUUGCACUCCCUCAUCGUCGUCCAGCAGCAUAGGGCGUGUAGACUGUUCAGACAAGCGUCUUUCCGAAAAACGCCUGUACACUUGUGCGGCUAUGUUAGUGGACCCUUUUAUGCUACCACGAACGCGUCGUAAAGACUCAAAUGGACACUUCUCGCAGAAUCUAAGAAACUUCAAGAGGCCGCCGAUGCAGAGCGAGCAAAGUACAUAACACACGUUAAGCAGAGGCGAAUUCCACUUAAAGCAAGUCGGUUGUAGCAUCAACAAUCAGACAGCAAAUUAUGAGGCCCAAAACCCGCUGACUGUGAUGGAACAAUCAGCGGUGGUCUACAGCAUACCAUGCGAAGGUUGUGAUUCAAGGUAUGUUGGUGAUAGGGGCAAACGCUUCGGCACAAGAUCGCACGAGCACCAGCUUGGAAUCAACCGCAAGGAUAAGCUGUCGCUGGUCUAUGGCCACACACUACAGCAGAACCACAGUGUCGCCUUCGAGAAAGCUAGGGUGAUCGGCCGAGCCAACGAUAAAAUCACCAGACUGAUGCUGGAGUUUGUUCUCGACUGGCACGCCCAACCGAGACAUGGAACCACAUCCCGCCUACCAGGCGCUACGCACAAGGCUCGAGUCAGUACAGGCGGCCAACGGGACAGACGAGAAGAGACACACGGGCAGUGUACAUAUUUUGCCACUCAACCUUGCAUAUAUCUUGUGGUGAUUAUGGCCGCCAACUUUUGUGUAAUUUUGGUCUAUAAUUUUUCCAUAUAUUAUAAGCCAUCUAAUCUUGUUUACAAUGUCCAUUCUCUACUCCACUUGCACGCUGGCGUCGUUCGGUUUGGGGUGCUGAAUAAUUUUUCAGCAUUUCCAUUUGAGUCUUUUUUACGACACGUUCGUGGUAGCAUAAAAGGGCCCACUAACAUAGCCGCACAACUGUACAGGCGUUUUUCGGAAAGACGCUUGUCUGAACAGUCUACACGCCCUAUGCUGCUGGACGACGAUGAGGGAGUGCAACGGCCCUUUAAACUGCCCCGUCAAUCAACAGCUAUCUUUCACAAGGGAUAUGUCCUUUCCACUGAGCCACCCGACAAUGUCGUACUCAUCGGACACAGAACCUGUGCACUGACAUCACUGUCGGCUAACAGCAUAGUUUACUGCCCUUUCCGCGACUGUCAGGAUCUUUUUGUAACGUCCCUUCAUUCUUCUUCCAUAUACAUUUUAAAGCCACCGUUUUAUCAGACACUCCGAUAACCAGCUUACUCUCCGACAUUAUUUGCAAGUACGUGUCCUUUAAAAACAACAACCAGUAUUACCUUAUCGCCCUCCUUCACACAACUACAUUCCCGUGAUUUAUAUUCAACUGUCUGCUUUUUUACAGAUGUAUUUCUGCAUUGUACGACUUACGAUGCAACAUUUGCUACAGAUGUAUUCCGUGGUGGAAUUUUUCAACGACAAAUCUGUGGCGGUAGUGGCUGAAGCCUGGUUCUACAACGCGGGCAGCGUACUAUGGCCUAAAAAGCACAGGCAGCGCCGCAUUUUGCUGGAGAACAACCAGCGGCCACCGGAUGGUACUAAGGCGUACGCCGUCAAGGUACUAAAAAGUGGCCUAGCGCUGCAAAAAGCCUGACAGGCGGCGCGGAGCGCACAGAAUACUGACAAUCUUUCCAGUUCCGAGCCGCGUCAGUUGGGUAGGGGCAAGAGGAUCAGGUGUGCUACCAUGUUAUGUACCACUAAUUUUCCUUUGCAGACAUAUUCGCAAACUAACCUCAGACUCCGACGACGAGGACUCGCCAAACCAACCGAAAGAGCCAACUGGUUGGCCAGCUCCAUCGCCAAUACUACAGUAA